AUGAAAUGCUUAAAGAAUAUGCAGAGGUAUUUAUGUAGAUCAAUGGAAGUGUAAUUUUAGAAAAUAAACAAUAUACUACUAUUCUCCAAGAAAUAUUUUAUAAUUCUUAAGUUUUUGUUGGGCAUCAAUAAACCAGGCUUAUAAAAAAGUGUUAGACAUACAAAAUUCUCUUAAAAUCUGUUCCUAUAUUACGAUUAAAAGUUUUUGUCAUGCGGUUUUGACAAUACCUACCUAUAUUCAUUUAAUAAUAACUUUGGAGGCAUUGAUUAUCAAGAUCGGAAAUUCAGAAAAACAGGGUUGAUUAUCAGAGGAGAACCAAAUUAGAAUAAGUUAAAUUAGUGCAAGACAUCACACAAGGGUUUUCUGGAGAAAGGCUAUUCAGAUAUUGCUCAGAUCAGUAAUCCUGAUAAUAAUGUGAAUGUAAUGGUUAAUACAAUCAAAAAUUUGAAUAGGUUCCAAGACAAUUUUUUAAUAUUGAUUAUGAGGUUAGUGAAAGUCUCAGAUGGAAUGUUGCAGCAUAUUAAUUAUUUAUAGAAUUUUAUAUUUUAUUUUAUUAACUAAUAUUUAUUUGUUAAAAUUUUGAUAUAAAUAAUAUUCGUUAAAAUAAUGCAAAAGUAUAUUUUGUGCGAUAAAAGUAACCAAUCCUAAUUAUCACUCAAUUUAUCAAAGAGCCAAUAAAAAUUAGUCUGCAAAUCAAUUCACGAUUAAAUUAAAGAAAGAACUUAAUCCAAAGAAACAACUCACAGAAGUACACAAAACAACUAAUUAUCCUAAAGAGUAAAAUAAUCAGGAUCUUUGAGUUCAGUUAUUGCUAAUUUCUUUGGUCCAUCUGAACAGAAGAAGAGAUGCAAUGAAGUAAGUGAAAAUAUCGAAAAGUCUAAAGUUUUGGUUAUCAAAGAACUCAAAAAUUAAUUAGACCAAAAAGAUGAAUAAAUCAAGAUAUUAACCUAAUAAUUGCAAUCUAGUAAAUUCGAAUAGGCUUACUGUGGAAAGUGCAAUAAUUUAAAAGAAAAAUUUCAGAAAUUAUAAUCAUCCAUUAUUUAACAAUAAAAUUUGUUUUUGUAGGAGUUUAAAACAAAUAUUGAAAAUGAUGAAAACUUAGAAAAUGAGGAUGUUGUCUAAAAAGAGAAUUAAAAAAAUAUAGAAUCUAAUACCUUUUAAUUUAAGUCAUCUAUGAAUAGUUUGAAAUCAUUCAUUGAGAAACUUAGCCAUCAAUAUAUUGAGGUUGAUGAUCGAUCCAAUAUGUUGAUAAAUGCAAUGAAGCUAGAGAAAUAGGAAUUGCAAUAGAGAGUAGUAUAAUUGGAAUAAAAGGUUAGAGAAUUGCAAUGUAAUGAGUAAAUAAUGCAAAAGAAAUUAGAGCAAUUAUAAAACCCUUAUUAAAAAUACAAGAAUCAAUUGUAAUAGAGUGCGUCGUUAACAAAGCUCAAGUAUGUAAUUAAUGCUAUUUUAAAGUCCAGAGAUUGAGUGUCAAGUGAAUGUCGAUAAGAUCCUUCAUGUGGGAUAACCGUACUUGAGAACAAGAUACAUUAGUUAAAAGGAGAAUAAAAAUAGUUAGAUGAGUUUGUUUUGAGUGGAGAUGGGAA